AUGGAUCACAUUGAAUUAAUAUCAAGCCCCCUUGACAUUACAACUCUUUACACAUUAUUAGGCGAUCCAGGAUGCGGAGCAUCUUCGGUAUUUGUGGGCACAACGCGUGAUUCGUUCGAAGGAAAAAAGGUAUUAUCGUUGGAAUACGAAGCAUAUGAGCCAAUGGCAAUUAAAGAAAUGAAAACCAUUUGCACGGAUUUACGUGCAAAAUGGCCUGAUCUGAAGCAUAUUGUCAUAUAUCAUCGGCUCGGUUCAGUCCCGGUUGGCGAGGCUAGUGUUGUCAUUGCCACCUCGGCCCCUCAUCGGUUAUCAGCUUUGGAAUCGGUGUCGCUUGCGGUGGAUCAAUUGAAAACUCGGGUUCCCAUAUGGAAAAAGGAAUUGUAUGAAGGCGAUGACCCUGCCCAGUGGAAGGAAAAUAAAGAGUCCCUGCGACCCAAACAUUCUCAGGUCACAUCGAAUCGUUUUAAUUUCGCCACAUGCAAAAUUGAAAAACAGAAUGAAAAUAUAUCGGAUAAACUAGUACAAAUUAGAGUUCAUGAUGACGAAUUAAGCAAGCGUGUCGAAUGUUUCGUUAGGAGAAAGCGAAUGGAAAUAAAUAUGCUCAAUGUAAGGGAUUUUACCCAAAAUCAAAGCCUUCCUCAUGUAUUAAACAACGAAGAAGCUGAAGUCUCUUGUGCCCGAACCCAAGGGGCUGUAAUUAAGCAAGAACAAUCCAAUUGCCAUCUCAAAGUACGUCGUGUCAACAAUAAAAGUGGACCCCAGCAAAUGCAUUUGAGACCAAACUAUGCCCAAGAGCUAAACAAGCUAAUGGGAUCGAGUGAAAGCUCCUGUGAUCCAAGUGGACAAGUGCAAAACGAUUUGGCCAAUAAUCGUUUGAGAACUAUAGAGUCAUAUAUGGGCCUAAGCGCAAAUAAUCAAAGUUUGUUAAGUCGAUUAAAGCAGGUUGAAAAUCGCAUCUUGUUGUUAGAGUCGACAUCUCCUGAAUACAAUCACUUUACAAAUAAUUUAAAGCAGCCAGAUUCUGAAGAACCGAGUCCGAAAAGACUUAAAAGAAAAAUCUACUGUGCUGAAGAAUUAAAUAACCUUCUAAAAAGUUUCAAGGAUGAAACCGGAAGUUAGCGGGUUUAUAUUAAUGUAUAAAUUAUUUUUGAUAAAUUAAAGUUAUUAAUUGAAGUAUAAUUCCAGUUAUAAUGAAAAUAAACGAGAAAUUCAUUUAGUUUCUAUAA